AUAUGUUCCUUCCCCUCGCCAUCGGCGCACACGAUGCGAGCCGACAAGGGCCGACUCAAGUCCAAGGACGAACUCCAGCCAUGGACCGCCGCUCGAUGCCACCGACUUCUCCGUCAAUUGCAAUGCCGCCUUGGGAGCUUGCGGAAAUUAGUCCAUGAGGCUCGACAGCCUGUAAUCAGACGCACAUCCAAGCGAGCCAGCCUCCAGGAGGAGCACACGAGACCACCGAAACGCACCCGCUACACAUACGCACAACGCCGAUCGACAUCAUCGAACCCCAAGACUUCGAAUCCAGCCUUGUCGACGCCUCCACGGACGAUCCGCACACUAGGUACGAUGAACUUAGGACGUUGCUCGCCCGCCUCCGAACGGGUCGAUUUUUCCACGCCUAUGCUUCGUAGGGUUUGCAUCCAGCCUGGUGCCUCCAACUGCUCGCCGAAGAGAGACGACACAGCAAAUUCGAUGCCUUUGUCCCUAGUCGCAGAAUUGCACUCGCUCCGCCGCCUCGCCCCGGAGGGCCACUAUCGCAUAUACGAAGCCAUCUUUGGCUGGCUCAGUGGCCUACUACGCUCGAACGAGACCAAGUCGCCAACACCGCACCCGAAGAGUUUGUUGGGCAUGUGCUUGCGCAGGGUUCCCGCAGCUUUGGCGGAAAUCGAAACAUGGGACCGCCAGAUGGCGGAGGAGAACGGAACCAAGUCCGUAUGGGACUCGUCCAACGCCUCUGUCGAGCUUUAUGGACAGCUCGAGACGUUUGGAGCAGCCGGGAUGGGAUGGAAACCGUUACGACUGGUUGUCCGCGCACACGCAUUAUCGAUCCUGGCCGAAGCCGUAUCUGAGGGGCUGUUUGAGCCUGAAUUCGUGCGCCUGCUAGCUGAGCUUUACCUGAGCUUUAAAUGCGCCCAGAAUGCUGCUACGAUUGUGUCGCGUCUUCCGUCUCAACUGACAGGGCCAAAGAGCUCGUCGAGUACGUUUGAUGAAACUAGGAAGCUCCAGCCGCUGGCGGUCAUCGUGAAAAGCUUGCAAGGAGCGAAUAGGCCUGGAGCUUCAUUUGAUUGCCUGACCAGCCUCAUCAACAGCGGAAAGCUGCCGCUGACGUGGGCAUAUACGAAAGGGUUUAAUGCGGUCUGGGCAACAACUCUAGAAGCUAUGGCUACCAGCAAACCGGAACCCUCAGCUAUUGUGUUCAUAUGUACGUUGAUGGAGCAGCUUUCGACACACGGGGGAAUGGAUGAUUCACCAAAAGAGAGCACGAAGAAACAGGCCCUGGUCAGCGUGGCUGCCGGAUUGACUGCCAUGGCACUGACGCUAGGAAACGGAAACACAAUUGACAUAGGCCCAGCCCGAAGGCCGGCCGCCAGGCGGAUGAUGCAUGUUCUAGAUCGCUGCGUGAGUCAUUUGCAGUGUCAGCAGAAGGCUUAUGGCGAGGAUCUGUUCGUUCUCGCCAUGGCACGAUAUAUCGCCAUGGCUGAGAGCAAAUGUGUUGACUCGGCAGUACGGAGACAGGCAGAAGAGGAGUUCAGACAACUAGCGGUGGGAGACGACGAUGCCUCAUCGCAGACACAAUAUCACCAAGCGCUGUUCCUGGCGAUAUCCAUUGCGCGGUAUCGGGGGCGGGCAUGCAGCAUGGCGUGUCAUGAUGUUCUGUCGGAGAUUUGCACCUUGCUCGAUGGCCUAGGACUCCCUGAUUGGUUUCGCAGGGGAUUGAGGACGGAUGGGGCUUUCCUUUUGGCACAGAAAACAAACGACCUUCGAGACCUUGCUUUUGCAGAAAACCUUCCUGUGACAGGGAGAGGAUAUGCCGAGGCCGGCACCAUCUUCUCGGGGUGGCGGUGGGAGGAAGGCAUUAGCGAGUGGGUGCUUCCAAGCCCAACGUCCAUGGGCCGAGGAGACGGAGGCGGCUGCGGCGAAAGCUUAGAAAGCGGAAGGGUGAAGGGAACGGGAGGGAACCUGGCCCCAGAUCGGGGGCGGGGCCGGGGCUGGGUCCGGGGGCCGGAGGGAGAGAGCCGGAAACGAGACGGACGGGGUAUCAGCAAGGGAGGGAGAAACACAAACGGUCACGUUGACAGCGACGGCGAUAGCGACGGGCAUGGCGACGGCGAGGAAGACAGUGGAGAUGAACUC